AUGCUGUCUCGACCCCACACCAGCGAACUCUCCCCCAUGUACAAUGCACACUGGUCAGAUGACGACGACACCUAUACCGUCAUACCCUCCGGAUAUCGCUUGCCCACUCCCCUCAACACCAUCCAUCACAACUGGAUGGACCCGAACAACCACCAAAACUCGUUACUGCAACAUUAUAUGAAACACGUUCUUCCUAUUCAGUUCUCGCACGCCGAGGGGUCCAUUGACAUCAUCGUCUGGACCCUCAUACAUUCCAGCAAUACAGCCCGCGAGGCUGCAUGUUUACUCGCGGAUCUGCACCUCAGGAGUACCACCCAAAGUGGUUCAAUCGGAUAUAACACACCAGAAGACCGUGAUGUGUACAGACACGCCCAAAGGGCCAUGAAACCAGUCACGGAGGGAGACGCUUUUGCAAGCCUUUGCAUGGUCUCCUACCUCCGCUUCUCCGGCGGUCAAUGGCGGUGGCAAGCAUUUCUUGACGGUGCUUGCCGAUUUUCCCUUGCCCUCCUAGAGGGGAAGCACACGUCGCCAGCUAGUGCAUUGAUGUCGUGCACUGAGAGCAUGCGUUUUAUAAUCAAGACGUCCAUGUGGUUUGAUGUGCUCGCGUCUGCGACCCAGAUCCGUCGUCCCAUGUUUGAAGUACUCCAUUCGCUCUAUGAUCCCUCGGGCAUUGCCCUCGUUGACGGCAGACCGGAGCUUUCUAUGAUGGAUGUCAUGGGAUGCGACACCAACAUCGUCAUCGCGCUUGCUGAAAUUGCUGGUCUCGCAUACUGGAAGGAAGCCCGCAGCCGUACUGGUAGCCUCAGCGUUCCUGAACUCGUCAGACGCGGGCAACGUAUCGAAGCCAUCCUAAAUAACACCAAUGUCAAUAAUCACUCUCACGGCGCUGAAACAGAAAAAUCCCGCCGACGGCGCCUCACCUCUGACGUAUUCCGCUCGUCCGCGCUUGUCUAUCUCCAUUCCGUCUUAUCUGGGGAUCACCCACUAUGUCCCGAGAUCUUGUACAACGUCACGGAGACAAUCAAGUGUCUGGGGCGUACUGAAGACGUCGGCACGGCGCGGCAUGUUGUGCGCAGCGUCGUGUUCAGCAUAUGUGUUUGUGGCUGCUUGACGGAUGACCCUGCUUUCCGCGGAUACUUUUUGCAGCUGUUGCAGGAGCUGCAGAUGGAGACAGUGGGGAACUGUGCAUUGGUGUGUGAUCUCAUGCGACGAGUUUGGACGAGCCGAGAAGGGGGGACGCCUGUGGACUGGCGAGUGGUCAUGCGAGAGAUUCUUCUUGUCUAA